AUGCAAUUCAAGUAUGAGGUAUUUAAUAUCUUCAAGAUAUUCAAAGCUAUGGUAGAACUGCAAAGUGGCUAUAAGAUUAAGAAGCUUAGAAGUGACAGGGGUGGGGAGUACACCUCAACUGAAUUUAUGAAAUUUUGUGAGGAUGUUGGAAUGGAAAGACAGCUAACUGUAGCCUACUCACCUCAGCAAAAUGGGAUAGUUGAAAGGAAAAAUAGAACUAUAGUGGAAAUGAGUAAAGCAAUGAUGCAUGAGAAGAAGUUGCCUUAUAAGUUUUGGGGAGAGGCAGUAAACACAGCUGUUUACAUUCAAAACCGAUGUCCAACUAGAGCUUUAAAUUAUUCAACUCCAUUUGAAUCAUUUAGUGAGAAAAGCCUGGAAUUAAACAUCUGA